CCCACGUGUCCGGUCAACAUGGCGUAUGGAAUGGGUUUUGGUUUCGCUUUCGUGAUCCUCUGGCUGCUGCACAUUGCGCAUACGCAGCGUGGCCCCGCCGAGCACAUUGAGUUUUACAACGAUUACGGCAAAAAUCAUGACGAGGAAAGGCUCCACUACUCGCACCAGUACCACAUCUCCGACCUGGCCAGUCAGGUGCACAUCUUGCACCGCGAGCAGCGGCAGGGAGACCACGUGACUGGAUCCUACGCCCACCUGGAGCCCGACGGACACAUCCGCAGCGUGCACUACGAGGUGCGGGGACCGAACCGGGGAUUCAAGGCCGUCGUUGAGCAGCGAACCGGGAACAGUCGGGUGCACCAGGCCCUGGAAUUCCGGAGCAGUCAGCCGAUCCGGGCUCUGGACAUCGCCGAUCCCGUGGCAUUUGUGAUUUAG